AACCAUAACCCAAAGCCUCACCGGGCCAAAGCAUUAUGUCCGGCGCAUCGUGUGCAGUUAUAUUGAGGGACGUCCAUACAUGAAUGCAUGUAUAAAUCGUGUUGCCAUACGUACGAUUUGUCGAUCUGACUCAAGACUGAAUAUACGUUUGACCGACUCACUGCAUCCCAAUGGCUCCUCAAAUCGUUCUUAUGACCGGGUGUUCAGCAGGCAUCGGUCUGGCGACAGCCAAACGUCUUGCUCUGGACAUAGAUCAGCGUUACAUCGUCAUAGCCUCCGUCAUCGCCAUGUCGGAAAAGGCGAAUCUCGUGGCCGCCGUAGGGGGCUCCCUGAAUAAAACAAUUUUUAUCAGGGAGUUGGAUGUUACAAACGAUACCAACAUUUCCGACGUAGUUCGUGACGUCAUCAGAGAACACGGCAGGAUUGAUAUAUUAAUUAGUGUUGCUGGAGUCGGAUUCGUUGAAAUUCCCGAAAGGGUCACGCGGGAGCAGAUCGACAAAAUUUUCAGCGUUAAUACUAUUGGACCAAUAAGGCUAGCUCAGGCGGUCUUGCCUCACAUGAAAAAGAGAAGAGCGGGUAGAAUUGUCAUUGUAUCGAGUGACAUGUCUAGGCAAGCUUGGCCAUACUUCGAUCUUUACUGCGCAACAAAGUUCGGUGUUGAGGGGUUUUUCGAAGCUCUGGCAUCCAGCGUGAGAGCUUUUAACAUUAGGGUGUGUCUAGUGGAGCCAGGCCCGAUCACUACCGGGCUUUUGGAUAGUCUACAAAAUGACUUGCAGAAACUGAUAAACGACAAAACGGUAGAUGACAUCGAACUCCGCCAGCUUCUUGGCCUGAAUCGAGACUUGUCUGACAUGGAGAGAACCCGCAGCGCGGAAGAUGUCGCAGUGGACUUGACCACGCGAUGUUUAGACGUCGACGAACCAGUACUUCGACAUCUACUUCUUGAUGAUAAAUUCAUGAGUGCUACCCGAGAAGCGUUGGCGGACCUUACAGGAGAGAGUACGGUUGCAUUCAUGCGCAAACAACUUGGACAUUGAACGAUGCAUGAGAAUGUUCUCACUCCAAGCAGUGAUCAAGAUGCGGAAAAUCAGGGCUUCAUACGAACCUGCGCAGGGUUACAUAAAUUUGAGACCGAGUACGCGAAUUAUGGGAGCGCCCUGCGUACUCGUAUUGUUCCUCUGCGCAUAAUCGAUGUUGACAAAUAUAUCGCAAAAUUUGGGAAUGACGUCAGUUUUACGUAUGUACGUAGUCUUACGUUGGCAUUUUCUUUUCUUCCUGGGAACCUUUUUAAAUACAGCACGAAUCAAAUUAAGUACUUUUUUAUGAGACCUGGCGGUGUUUCAUGAAAGUUGUCAGCGCUGAAUAAAUUGUAGUGCUGACAAUGUCAGUGAAAUCCUUUUAUUUUGAUUGGCUGAAAGACACUGGCCUCUGACUUUUGCUACGGUAACUGUCGGAGAAAGACAAGUUGUCAGUGUCGACAACUUUCAUGAAACGGUCCCCUAUUCAUGAUAGAACCACUCUUUUGUGAACUUUGCCAAAAGAUUACAUAAUCAUUAUUUACGAAAAUAUAGGCCUGGAGUAGUAGUAAAAUUUUAUUUUACUUUCAGUGAAUUACAUAAAGCAGCCCAAAGGGCUGAAUAACAUGCACUCUGAAAAGUAUUGGGUAAAAGUGCCCCAUGGGGAUAAUUAUGUGUCCAACCAACAUUGGGCGUUUUUAUUCUUACCCAGUGUGAUGAAAAUUUUGCCCAUUCGAAAGUAAUUGCUGCUUAUUUUUCAACCUUACUGGACAUCAUGCUUCCCUCAUUAGGUCAAAUACUGCCCAGAUUGGUUAGACACAUACACUGUAAAAACUGUGGUGUUAAAACUGACACCAAUUGGUGUUAAUAGAGG